UUAUCAGUGUGUAAUAAAACUAUACAUAAACAAAACUGAACAUGCAAUUUUUUGUUUCGUAAUUUUCUUGGUAAUUUCGAAAUAAACAACUGGCUUACUUCCAUUCCAUAACUAAAAAUUCAAAAAAAUGUUCGAUUUACUCAAUCUGACAAAUAAUUGUCGUGCAUGUUUGAAUUAUAUCAGCGAAGAUGAUUCAGUAUCGGUGGUCGUCAUCGAAGAAUCCAGUGCGAAAAGCUAUCAGGAUCUUUUACAUGAAUGGUAUUCACAAGGCAACGACAAUAGUAUUGACGAACAUCUACCUAAACGUCUUUGCCUUAGUUGUGCUCAACGAAUCGACAGUAUUCUUCAGUAUCAAACAGAAACCGUGUCCAAUUUGCGACUGUUGUUUGCAAUAAUCGAAGCAAAAACCACUGGUAAAUGUGCUUUGCUUGAAAAAUUGUUACGCUCAGAGAAAUCCCGCCAAACACUAUUACGCCUAGGAAUAAUGGAAUUAAAUGAUUUGAUGGACGAAUCAUUGAAAGUAAAAAGCUUACUCAAUUCAGACCUCGAUAAAAAUGUACCACAACCACUGAAUGAGUUGUAUCCUGAAACAACAGAAUACGUAACCGCAGAAGACGAACAAAGUACCGAACUGAUAAUAAAAAUCGAAAUAGGAGAAGAAACAGUCCUUAGUGAAGAUACUGCACUAACACCCACCAAAAAACGAAAAAGAAUUGAAGCGAUACGAAAACGUCCUUGUUUACUUGAGGGAUGCGAACCGGUUAUCACCGGUCAAGCAACUCAACAUGUAAAAGAAAAACACCGCACUUACUGUAAAAUCUGCGGGUUGGUUUUUAAUUCGUACUACAACGCUAUGUCGCACGCAGCAGUACACAAACCAAACGACCUAUUGCUCAGUUGCGACGUUUGCUCCAAAUCGUUUCAUCGAGAUCAAGAUCUAAAGAAUCAUUUGUUGACUGUUCAUGGCCAAGUAAACGCCAAAUACGUGUGUGCCUUUUGUGAGCAGGAAUUUCAAACCAAAAAUGGAUUAAAAAAGCAUCGUGAAAUGCAUCUCCAUUCGCCAUGUCAUCUAUGUGGCAGUACGGAAGCCUUUAAGGACUACAAGCAGUUGGUCAAUCACUUCCGCAAAAAACACGAUAAACAAAUGUACAAAUGCCGUCAGUGUUCGACUUCUUUCCUUGGACGCCGAGAAUUUGAGAUGCACGAGAAAAAGCAUCGCGAUGGAAGCCAGAUACAUUGUGUGGAAUUUGCUAUCAGGCAAUGGUCAGAUGUAAAUCGAUGUGCAUCGUGUGAAAAAACAUUCUACAACGGAGAAUAUUUAAAAUUGCACACAGACUCCGUUCACAAGCUAGGCGAAACGAACAAUUUUACAGACUCCGACCAGGAGCGUAAAUUCAAGUGUAACAUUUGUAGUGCACUCUUCCGGCUGAAUUCUUCAUUACGAAAUCAUACACGAAGAGUGCACUGUACAGAACGUGUGGUUUGCGAAAAAUGUGGAGCAUCUUUCAAAACAUCCAGUGAAGCUAAAGCUCACAUGCGGUUCCGGCACGAGCAAAAUUCCAGGUACAAGUGUGAGUUCUGUGACAAGCGAUGCAGUACCAGUAGCGUACUGGCAACUCAUCGGAGAACUCACACAAAUGAAAGACCGUACCAAUGUCCGUACGAAGGUUGUCCAAAGACUUAUAAAACUAAUGGAGCAUUGAUAAAACACGUCCGAGCGAAUCACACCAACGAGCGACCGUACAAAUGCCAUUACGACUCAUGUGAGAAGUCAUAUAUUUGUAGUCAACAUCUGAAGAACCAUCUCCACUGGCACACGCAGGAAAAACCAUUCAAGUGUUUUUACUGCGAAAUAUACUUUUCAACGGCACAUAACCGGAAUAAACACUGCAAAGUGCAUCACCCGGGGCAGCCAGUUGAUAAGGAGUAAGAGAGCUUGUCGUGAAUACUAAUGAGGUGUUGAAUUUUAACGAGUAUGUAACAUGGUGUUCGCUUUUAAUAAUACUAAACAAGUAAUAUUAAAUUUCAA